AUUUACUGAACAUAGCCUUUUCAUUUUUGACUGUCGCACUGCUUUCUUGUAUUUCUCCUUUUUUACUUGGGACUUGGGCUGGAGCUCAACACUGCUGUGGCGAUUAAAACAAUAAGAUGAGGGACCAAACUCUUUGUUUAGUUUGUUUAGUUUUUCCAUCUUUGUUUUAUAAAAUCUAAUAGUAAAAACAUCCACGGACCAGCCGCCAUGUUGGAGCUCUGGAAACAAUCCGACCAAAACAUGACGCCAGAAAACCUGCUGACCCAAAGUUUCGUUUCAGUGCUGAGGUUUCGAUCCCGGAAAAAUGAAACUUAAGGUUCGUCUGACUGAAGCGACGUCGCUCUUCUUCUCUAUAAACUCGCUCUGUCCUGCUUCGCCCGUCACCGCGUGACGUCAUCCCGACAAUAAACCUCAGCGCGAGCGCCGUGCGACCAUUCCGCAGCUGCGCCUCUUACAGAUCAUCAGAAAAACUCCAGAAGAGACAAAACCUCCAGAUCUACAGAGAAAACAGCUGGAAGAUGAGUUCUCCUCAGAGUCUGCAGUCCAGACUGAAGGCCUUGGAGUGCCACUUCACCUGGGAUCUGGACCCCAGCAGGGGACAACUGUUCCGUAUCAGAUAUGAGCUGGAGGAUGUCGGCACUGAAGAGGGAAACGUCUGGCUGGGUCACAUCUACAACCUGCUGGGCUUCAUCCAGUACAAACUGGGCUCUAGUAAAGACGCCCUGAACCUCUUCAACCGGGCCGCUGAGACCUUCCAGAGGCAGAAAAACGCUGAUGAAGGUCCCUGGUUGAUGGUGAACUUUGGGAAUCUGGCCUGGCUGCACCAUCACCUGGGAGAAGAUGAGAAGAGUGAAGACUACCUGUCAAAGGUCGACGGCCUGAUGAGGAAGAAGAAGGGAGAUCUCUAUCCAGAGGUCUUAGCUGAAAAGGCCUGGACCCUGAUGAGGUUUGAUAAAGAGAAGCAGCAGCAGGCUUUAGAGCUCUUCCAGAGAGCCAUCCGGAUGCAGCCGGACACCGUGGAGUGGCGGAGCAGCCGUAUGAUCGGUCUGCUGAGCACCUUCAAGCAUCGUGACGUGGAACCAGAGCCUGACGUCUGGGAGGAUCUAAGGGUAGCCAGAGAAGAAGAUCCAGAAAACUUGUACCUCGCUGCCGUCGACCUGAAACAACGAGCCAAGAGAGGUGAGCAAGUUAAAGAGGAAGCACAGGAGUUGUCCGAGAAGAUUUUACUGAACCCUGUCAGCAGCUACAGUGGCAUCAAACCCCUGCUGAGGAUCUACAGACAAAUCGAAUCCUACGACGAUGUGAUCGACGUGGCAGAAAGGGCCCUCACAAAGGAUCCAGAUUCCCGGUACCUGAAGAGAUGUGCCGCUCUUGCCUACAAAUGGAAGAUAGUUUUUUCCAGAAACGGACGCCCAAGUCAAAGAAUGUUUGACCGAGCAAUCAGCUUGUUGGAGGAUGUCAUCUCUUGCUACCCUGAGUCUUGUUUAACAAAGAAGUUGGACUUUGCAAGUGUGUGGGCCAAGUCUGGUCGUGGGCUGAUGAAACCAGAUCAGAUCUACAAGGAGUUGCUGCAGAAAUCUUUGGAUCCUUCAGACCAACAGUGUGUUUACAACUGCUACGCCAAGUACCUCAACUUCGACCGGCAGGAAUGGAACAAGUCGAUUGAGUAUCACAUGAAGGCUGCAGCCAUUAACCACGAGUCUUUCUCCCGGAUGAACAGCAUCAAGGCGCUGGAGAGGAUCCGAGACCGCGGACGGUCCAGAAUGCUCCCAGAGAUCCGGGAGUUUCUGGAAAACCUGGAAGGUGUCCAGACUGUGUGAAAGCAAGACUUUCAAAGAUCAGAUCCAAUGAUCAUUCUGACCGUCUGAAUAAUAUUCUAGUUCUAACUCAUAAUCACUGAAUUUAUAUCUAAUUGUGCAUAAAUUUAAUUACUGGUGUUUUUGCUGUCAGUCCAAUCAUUUUGCAGGGUUUCCAAUAGAGCCAAAUUAAAAAUAAAAUAACCCUUUACAUACCGUCUUAAAUGCUUUUAUCCAAUUUUACAAUUUAAAAAAUGUGUUAGGUUAUAUAUACUUAUGAAAAUAAUUCACUAUAGAAAUAUUUGUUCUUGUAAUCUAAAGUGAUAUUUGGAAUCAAAGUUGCAUAAUCAAAAUACAUUUACAACUAUAAAAUACGUUUAUAGGUGUAAAUCCUACAACUCUACGUUUUGCUCCUUAGUAUUACUAAUUUUCAUUCCUUAGUUGCUGUCGCUAAAAAGCUUCAAACACCAAAUGAGAAAUAACUUAGAAUUAUGGGUACAUUCACCUGUUUUCAUACAUUAUUCAUAGAAGACAUUUGUCAUCCUAAGUCAGGAUUAUUUACAGAGUUAAUCAGCAAACUUUAAUGCGGUCGGCCCAUUGCACACUUCGACCACUAGAUGGCGUAAAAGCAUCUAACAGCAACCUGAGCGUGAGAUUAAUUCACUAUUAGCUUCACUCGUCCAUAAGGGUCAAGAUUUAAUAAUCUAGUUUUAAUGUCUUUCAUAAUGCAGCUGAUAUAAUCUGUGUUCACUUUUUAUUCUGAUGUAAACAAUAAAAUAUAAAGACUUGCCUGUUGUCUGUAUAAUUAAAAAUAAUAAACAUGACAGCAGUAUUUUAUUUACCAGUUCAGCCAAUCAGAGCUUGCAUUGCAGCUUUUCCAGCUCUGCUAACUGUUUAAUCUGUUUGUGCUUCAACAUUUGAAAUUAAAAUGAAAAUUUAACAU